CAAAAGUCAACGUCAAAGCUUUUAUGGUAUAUGGUAUUUAACGAAAGAAGGAUGUUAUUCAAUAAACUAAAAAAUAAUAUAAAAUAAGACCAAAUACAGUAAUAUUUGUGUUGUUCGUUAGUACGGGGCCUAUUGUAUAGUGACAAAAUGCAUAUGAAACUAGUGUUUCACAAAAAUUCAAUAAAAGGUCCAAUGUACCCACUGUUUUGCCAAAAAGUUAUCAACUAGAUGCUCCUUUUAAAUCUAGAGAGAUUUCCGGUGUGAAAAUGCAAAGAAAUUUCCGUACAUUUGGCAAGAGCUCCAGUACAGAUUACCUUUCCAAGCAGUAUGAUGGAAAAAUUGCAGGCCUCUAUGAUUUGGAAGAAACCCUGGGAAGAGGUCAUUUUGCUGUGGUCAAACUAGCCAGGCAUGUUUUCACAGGAGAAAAGGUGGCUGUCAAAGUUAUUGACAAGAGCAAGCUUGAUGAAGUUUCAAAGGCUCACCUUUUCCAAGAGGUAAGAUGCAUGAAGCUGGUGCAACAUCCUAAUGUCGUCCGUCUCUACGAGGUGAUAGACACGGCAACCAAACUGUACCUGGUGCUGGAACUAGGCGAUGGCGGUGACCUGUACGAGUACAUCAUGCGGCACGAAACAGGUCUGCCCGAGAACCAAGCGAGGGAGUACUUCAGCCAAAUAGUGCGCGCCAUAUCGUACUGUCACCAACUGCAUGUUGUCCAUAGGGACCUGAAGCCAGAAAAUGUGGUGUUCUUCAAGAAGCAAGGAGUAGUGAAAUUGACGGAUUUUGGCUUCAGCAACAAGUUUUAUCCCGGACAGAAGCUAGAGACGUCGUGCGGCAGUUUGGCUUACUCAGCGCCUGAGAUAUUGCUAGGAGAUUCAUAUGAUGCGCCUGCUGUUGAUGUCUGGUCAUUAGGAGUAAUUCUUUAUAUGUUAGUAUGUGGGCAACCACCUUUCCAAGAAGCAAAUGAUUCCGAAACAUUAACCAUGAUCAUGGACUGUAAAUAUGACAUCCCAGCGCACGUGUCGCAAAACUGUAAAAAGUUAAUAUCAAGAAUGCUUCUGCGAAACCCCGAAAAACGGGCCACCCUGCAAGAAAUCGCAAGUCAUCCAUGGGUGUGUACUGCUAAUCAAGACUAUCACGAUGCUCUCCCUCUUGUAUCAAGGGAACAACUUUCAGAAGACGAUCACAAUCUGAUCGUUCAGAAGAUCGUUAAUGGGAAUAUUGCUACCAAGGAGGAAAUACAAGAAUCUUUAGAGAAAAACGAGUACAAUCACAUAACGGCAACUUACUAUCUGCUGGCGGAGAGAAAGUUGCGGUACAAAAGGCAGGAACAAGCUAAGAAUAAGAGACCUGAGGAGUUAGCUGUAUUUCCUGCCGUCCCUGUUUCGCAGAAAGAAAAUGUUGCUGUGAAACCCACUUUGCUCAGUGUGCCUAGGACACCCGGUGAUUUGCCUCAGCGAUCCCGUAAAUGCAGCAUAGUUCAGGAAGACGAAGAAGAAGAAGACAUCCCGACCUGCACAGGCGGAGAGAACCUCACUCUCCCUCUGAACCGCAGAGGCUCAAGAUCAGAAGGCAGGAUAAACAUAGCUCUGCAAGAAAGACUGGCCGAGUCGGAGAAACGUAAACCCACUCCGGAAAAGAAGUUCCUGGCUGGCUCCAGGAAAUCAAACAGCAUGUCUAAAGAGAACAGUCCGGAUGGGGUUAAGGUUAAAGUUAGGCUCGAUAUGCCAGUUAUACCUAUACCGAUCAUAACCACCAUGACAAAUGAGGUUAAGAACGAAUGUGAUACCGUACCGCCACUGAAAGUACCAGUGAAAGAUAGUUUUAAGGAUAGUGAUAGAUUUCAAACGUCCGAGUCAUCUCCAAGGCCUCUAGUGAACCGUAACGCUCCCUAUGACCAAAAAAAGUCAAAGUUUCACAAGCACCGCACCGCAUCGUGUAGCUCAUCGGACGCCAGCGACGAUGAUAGUGAAAAGCGGAAAAAAAGGGCGCAGAAGUUGAGCACGCCCUCAAAGAAUUUCGAGAUUCGGAGGGAUAGUCAUGAUGAUAGUAGCGACUCACAGGAGCCAGGUACAGGAACAGGUAGUGGCGGGGGUGGUGGCUGUGCUAACAAGUUGAGUAGUGGGGUGUCAAUCUCGAAUACCGGAGGCGAGAGCCAAGAUAAAGAAGGGAACAGGAGUUGUAAUAACGAAAGGAAAAGCUCGAAUACAACGUUCUCUAGAAGUCAUAAGGUAUGCCGGAAAAAAUCCGGCAAGACCCGAUUACGUGAAAGCCAAUCCCUGAACCGAAUCACCGAAGUACAAGAAGACCCCCAGACCGUCGUAGUGUCGACGACAGUGUUCAGCGUCCCUCCGAAGGUGAAAAGCGUCGGUUCGAAGAUACUGCAGGGCUUGAACAGGACUUCGAGGAAGCACCAGGACCAGGAGAAUGCACUGAAGCUCAAUGAAAAGCUGCGGGUGUCGAGAAAGGACACUGUCGCACCAUAUAAGGGUAAUUUUGACAAGGCGGAUAAUUGCAACAAGAUUGAAAAGUGUGGAAUAAGGAAAAUCAGAGUACUGAGUAAAUACUUCCACAUGCACAAGAAGAUCUGCAUCCCCCUGCCGAGCCUUUUCAACCGUACUGGAGGCGGGCUAUACAGAGCCCAAUCGUGUAGCUCGCUUUCCAAAGACUCCAUCCUAAACUCGAACCUUCUACAACAUGGAAACGGAAGACCAAGAGCAGUAAGCGUGAUCCGCACCGACGGGGGCGGCGAUAUUAACCAGAACGAGACGGAACGCCGCCAUUCUGCUUCAGCAGCGGCCGCCAUUUUGGACCUGAACAGUGUGUGUAACGAACUGUCUGAGAUUUGUGCGAUGCAUGUGCAUCUGGGCACGGCCGCCUCCAAGUGCUGCAAUUUCUGUUAGUUUAUCAGGAAUUAAGCAACUACAGUGCUCCAAAACUGAAGAAAAUCAGUUGGAAGUUGAUAGUCUGAUGGCCCAAACAGGGUAUAAAAUCAAGAAAACAAAUUGCGUUCUAAAUGUAUGUUCCAACUUUAAACUGAUUUUUGCACUGUGCUUACGUCCUGGUAUAUAAUUUAAGUAAGUUACCAAAGUUGUAUUGUUAAGACCUUAAAGUUUUUAUUUUAUUUACGAGGUAAGGUGAGAUAUAUUUUCAUAUAUUAUUACGAACGAUUUCAUCGCUUUGUACCACAUUGGGUUAUGCAUAUGACUUCUUGAAAUUAUUUUUUCAAUUAUGGAUGACUCAUCAUUUUACAUUUGGAAUCGUCGCAAAUCUCCAGAAGUGGGAUGACUAAAACAUUGUACAGUUUGAUUAGAUUUAUCGCAGGAUUAAACUUUUCAAAUUGUAUCUAAACAUAUUUGAAUUAUCAUUUAAUCAUCAAUCAGUAUGUGAUUUGGUAAACCAAAAAGACUUCUUUUAGCACAAAAAGGGCUUGGUAUUGGAUCUUGACCAGCAACUGAUGAGAUGUCUUUCCACCAUUUUCUAUACAAGGAUUGACUAACGUAUUCUACCUGAAGAUAGCUAACCGUGUGCUGUUUCGGCGUCAAAAAAAUGACCUUGAAGAUAGUAGCGCCAUCUAUGAUGCAGUAUCAGAACACAAAAAUGAAAUUAGCAGUCCACUGUCUGAUAGAUGGCGCUAGGAUCUUCAACUCAUUUAGUUUUAACUGGGUAGCUUUAGGCAUUUAUUAAUAUAUUCCACAUGAAAUUACGGAAUUGGAAGUAGGCAUUAGAGAUGCACCAAAGACGGAUUGUUUCCUAGAACCAUGACAUGAUCUGGUUCGAAGCCAUAUUCCACCCGCCUCUUCUCCUUACUAUGCCACAAUAUUGGUUGUUCCACCGUGAAUUGUUAAAAAAAAAACAAAAAAAAAACGCUUUAAUAGCAAAUCGAAUAAGAAGUAGAAAAUAAUGUUCAAGUAUAGGAGAGUUUGUGUUAUUGGAAUAGCAAGUCCAACAAACAAGUAUGACUAAUUUGGUAUAAGAUCAAUAUAAACAUUAAGAUAACAAAAAUAUCAAUUAUAGUAAAAAAAACGUGGGAAGCAGUUAACUAUAAACUAUCAUAAUUUUGUAAAUAGUAACUAAAAAAU